ACUGAUUUACUGAAAUUUUUUGGACGUUGUGGAGGAGUAACUUUGUGGAGUAAAGUAGUAGAUAUUUUGCUGUUGCUAAAGCAUGGUUAAUAUUGGCGCGGCUGACCUACGUCUGGUUGGUAGUAGAAAAUGCAGAUACGAAACUCCCUCCUUAUACGUGUGUAUACAUGGAGGACAGAGAGUAAAAUUGCGCUCGAGGGUGAAGGCGAGUGACCACACGUGAAUUUACAUGCGGCAUCCAUCAACAAGUUUUCGUCUGACGUCCAGAUUCCACCUGCCUCCUCUGAGACGCGCUAGAAGCGUCGAAUAUUCUUGAUUCCAUAGAUUGACUGGGUCACUUCCAGAGCAUAUUCACUUUUGAAUCUAUCAAGUUCGCUGUCAAUUUCUGGUGGUCAAGAUCGCUGUUGUGCGUGAGUGGUUAGAAGUAUUGCCGUCGGGUGAAACGCAACCACGUGCCUGCAGAGUUGCCUUGAUUCUUGGACUUGAGACAAACCUGAAUCGAGAUGUCGGUUAUUGAGCUCAGUGAAGGGGGUUACAUAUAGGAGAUAUUGGGUGCAGCAGAUUUUGGAAUUUCUUCCAGGGGAUUCCAGAUUUCACAAGGAUCUCUCGUAGAAUGAAUAAAAUAAGAUCAAACUUGUACUAGUGACGCUCCAAUUGAGCUCAUGGAGUUGGGUGUUGGAAUCGGUGGAUCUGGUAUCCGUGCAACACAGUGUGCCGCUGAUGUAUCGCGGAAUCUGCCUAUCUAUCCUUCAAUAUGCUGUGGAGGUUAUCAGGGGCGAUCAAUUGACGCCGAAAGCUUGAGCAGUUCGAGUGGAUUAUUCAGUUUUCGUCUCUCGGCCCAGAAUCAAAAACUGCACUCCGAUGUUCCUCUUACUCGACGACCUCUAUGCGUUUCUUGUUCGCAAUUUUCGUUCCAGCCAGAUGGCUCUGGAAUGAGCACGAAAUUCGAGCCUUUCAGUGAGCCCUUCGGAAAAAAUCGAUGUGUGGGCUCUGGAAUCUCGCACAAUAGGCGAUUUGGAUGGAAAGGAUUUUUGUGUAGAGCCUACGAAGGUAGUACGGUCGGAGACCUCGAAUGGAUGUCAACGGCCAGUCCGCAUGAAGUGUUGGGUAUUUCAGAAGACUGCAGUGAAGAGGAGAUCAAAUCUGCUUUUCGAGCAAGGAUCAAGGAGUAUCAUCCCGAUGUUUACCAGGGCUUUGGAGAUGCAGAUGCCAUCACACAGCGCUUACUUAGAGCAUAUGAGAUUUUGACAACUGAUGUAGGACGACAAACAUAUAAGAGAAAAAGUCUCGAUCCAUUUGAAGAGCCAGAGUGUUUCGCCGAAGAUCUGUUUGUUAACGAGGUGGCUUGCAUAGGAAGAGGUUGUCCCUAUUCCUGCGUGGAGCGUGCCCCUGAUGUAUUUCAAUAUGCACCUGACACGGGUUGUGCUCGUGCUGUAAAACAAGGUAAAGGAGAUGAGUAUCAUGUGCAACUGGCUGUGGGACAAUGCCCAAGAAAUUGUAUACAUUACCUAACACCUGAACAAAGAAUUAUAGUGGAAGAGCUUCUACGAAGUGCAAUUGAAGGCACAGUCUACUCCUAUGACACCGUAACUAUGGAGGGACUUAUAGCAAAAGCUAAUUAUGAAAAUGGGAGAUAUCAACCUCCAAAGCGCACGGCGAAACGUACUGAACAGUGGGUAGACUGGUUCUGAAGUUUUAUCUCUCACUUAUCUGCAGCUGUUCCAAAUUCUUGAUUGCAUGUCUGUUAGCAAUGCAAACGGGGAACUUACGGCAGUUGUCACUUGGACCAUAAAAUUACUUUGUGGCCUGUGCAAUAUUGGCCACAAAGAGCACGUUAGGAUUUCUGAAUUCUUGCCACAUAUUUGCCUUCAUACCUGUUUAUACCUACCCCGUGUAACUUUACAAUCACAUGUGAAUAUACGAAAAUGUUCAAAAGGC